AUGAAACUAUAUUCAAUCCUCAUUGUACGUAAAGAUGCUGACAAAGCCAAAAUACUUGCAUCUCAGUUUGACUUGUCGAGUUUUGGUUAUUUUCAACGUGGCAGUGUCCAAGAGUUUAUGAACUUUACAGCAGUUACUAUUGCUGAGCGUACUCAACCAGGACAACGUCAAAGUGUUGAGAGUGAAAAUAAUGUUGCUCACAUAUAUGCCCACCCACAAGGCGUGAGUGGAAUCAUAAUGAGUGAUAAAGAUUAUCCUUCCAGAGUUGCAUUUUCAUUAUUAAAUAAGAUUAUGGAUGAAUUUUUGACAAAAUUUUCAAGUGAUCGUUGGAAGAAAGCAGAUACAUUGGAUUACCCAGAAUUAGCUGAAUAUCUACGUAAAUACCAAGAUCCACAACAAGCUGACACUAUCAUGAAGGUUCAAAGAGAACUGGAUGAAACAACUGCUAUUUUGCAUAAAACUAUUGACUCUGUGCUUCAACGUGGCGAAAAGUUGGAUUCUUUAGUUGAUCGAUCAGAGGCACUAUCUAGUCAAUCUAAGAUGUUCUAUAAGACAGCCAAAAAGACGAAUUCAUGUUGUGUUAUAAUGUAA